AUGGCUUCACAAAAACAGACAAUCCUCAUCACAGGCGCCGCCGGCUUCCUCGGUCAACGGCUGACGGCCGCCCUUGUACAGAAGCACCCAGAGUACCGUCUCGUCAUCACCGAUGUCAUAACCCCCUCCGUCCCCGCAGGCCUGGCACACACAGACAACAUCGUCACCAUCCAAGCCGACCUCAGCGACCCAGCCUCCCUAGCGGGCCUCCUCGCCCAGGCCCAGCCGCUGGCGGCCGUCUUCGUGUUCCACGGCAUCAUGUCCUCCGGCUCCGAGGCCGACCCGGACCUCAGCCUGCGCGUCAACCUGGACGCGACGCGCGCCCUGCUCCUGAAGCUGGUCGAGACCAACAAGGGCGUGCGCGUGCUCUACGCCUCGAGCCAGGCCGUGUACGGCGCCCCCUUCCCAGACGUCAUCACAGACGCGGUGACGCCCACGCCGGCGGGCGUGUACGGGACGCACAAGCUCAUGACCGAGCUCCUCAUCAACGACCUGCACCGCCGCGGGCAGAUCGACGCCUUCUCGAUGCGCUUCCCCACGGUGUCGGUCCGGGCGGGGAAACCAACGCAGGCCGCCAGCUCGUUCCUGUCCGGCAUCGUCCGAGAGCCCAUGAACGGCCAGGAGUGCGUCGUGCCGAUCCAGGACAGGCGUUACCGCGCGGUCCUGUCCGGGCCCGGCACGCUGGUCGCGAACCUGCUGGCGGUCCUGAAGCUCCCGAGCGAGGCGCUGCCGCAGCAUGUGCGGUGGAUCAAUUUCCCUGGCAUCUCGGUCACGGUGCAGGAGCUGCUGGACGCGCUGGCCAGGGUGGGCGGGGAGGACAAGCUGCAGUUUGUGCGCGAGGAGACGGAUCCGGUCAUGGAGAGGAUCCUCAGGAGCUGGCCGCUUAGGGUCGACGACACGACGGCUAUGAAUCUGGGUCUGCAGCGUGAUGAGAGCGCCGAGAGCCUUGUGAGAGAAUACGUGGCCUCCAUGGGCAAGUGA